AUGAUUGCAGUAUACUUCUAUCUUGGCUGUCUUAUAUCGGCCGUGAGUGCCGGCCGUGUGUCCGAUCUAGUCGGUACCUGGUCAACAAAGUCCCGCAGCGUUAUGACAGGUCCAGGCUUCUAUGACCCCGUCAAUGACAAGCUUCUUGAACCAAAUCUGACUGGUAUCUCCUACUCGUUUACCGAGGACGGCUACUAUGAGGAAGCAUACUAUCGCGCCCUUGCUAAUCCCGUGAAUCCUGCUUGUCCCAAAGGCAUCAUGCAAUGGCAACAUGGUACAUUUACCUUGGGCAAAGAUGGUUCCCUGCAUUUGCAGCCAAUCGAAGUGGACGGCCGUCAGCUGAUGUCCGAUCCAUGCGCAUCUUCUCAGGGGACCUACACAAGAUACAAUCAAUCGGAAAAAUUUAAUUCUUUCAAGGUGUCCACCGAUGCUUACCAUAACAUUAUGCGACUGGACCUACAUGCUUUUGAUAACUCUCCCAUGCAUCCAAUGUACCUCGCUUUCAGACCACCACAGAUGCUCCCUACGAAAUCCCUGGACUCGUUGUCGAAAGGUAAACGCCAUGUUAUUAGGGAUACUGGGUCGUCUUUCCGUGUGAGAGACUCGAUCAAACGAGAGGAGAUCGUUAAUCCCGACCGGUGGCUGUGGCUCGGUGUUUUCAUGACCGCACUUGGUGGGAUUACCGUGUUUUAUUCCUGA